AUGGUCGCCGCUGGAGUCCUUCCGUCGGGCUCCGGAGAAAAUGGGAUGCCUGCAGCAUCCUCUGGAGUUGGGCGAUGUUGGAUCUUUUCCUGCCUCAAUGCAAUGCGUCUUCCUUUCAUGAAGAAGUACAACAUUGAAGAGUUUGAAUUCAGCCAGUCGUAUCUCUUUUUCUGGGAUAAGGUUGAGCGUUGUUACUACUUCUUAAAUGCCUUUGUGGAAACAGCUCAGAAAAAGGAGCCUGUGGAAGGAAGACUGGUACAGUACUUGCUCACCAACCCCACAAAUGAUGGUGGACAGUGGGAUAUGUUGGUUAACAUUAUUGAAAAGUAUGGUGUUGUCCCCAAGAAAUAUUUCCCGGAGUCUCACACCACUGAGGCUACUAGAAGGAUGAAUGAGAUCUUGAAUCAUAAGAUGAGGGAAUACUGUUUGCGGCUGAGAAAUAUGGUGGAAACUGGAACACUUAAAGGAGAACUUUGUGCUGCAAUGGACACUAUGAUAGAAGAGGUGUUCAGAAUAGUGAGUACUUGCCUGGGCAGCCCUCCGGAGACCUUCUGCUGGGAGUUCCGGGAUAAGGAGAAGAACUACCACAAAUAUGGCCCUAUGACACCAGUGGAGUUCUACAAUGAGCAUGUGAAGCCUUACUUCAACAUGGAGGACAAGAUUUGCCUAGUGAAUGAUCCCCGACCUCAGAACCCGUACAACAGGCUGUACACAGUGGAGUACCUGGGCAACAUGGCAGGAGGGAGGAAAACGCUCUAUAACAACCAGCCUGUUGAUGUCUUGAAAAAAUUAGCUGCAGCGUCUAUUAAGGAUGGCGAGGCUGUGUGGUUUGGCUGCGAUGUUGCAAAGCACUUCUAUGGCAAGCUGGGAAUCAAUGACAUGAAUAUAUUUAAUCAUGAGCUGGUGUUCGGUGUCUCCGUCAAGAACAUGAACAAAGCAGAGCGAUUAAUCUUUGGAGAAUCACUGAUGACCCAUGCCAUGGUCCUGACAGCUGUCACCGAGAAGGAUGGACAAGAAGAUGCAUUUGAAAAAUGGAGAGUGGAGAACUCCUGGGGUGAAGACCGUGGUAAUAAAGGUUACCUGAUCAUGACUGAUGACUGGUUUUCUGAGUAUGUGUACGAAGUUGUGGUGGAUAAGAAGCAUGUACCAGAAGACAUCUUGGCAGUGAUGCAGCAGGAACCAAUUGUUUUGCCAGCUUGGGACCCUAUGGGGGCUUUAGCCAAGUGAACUAAAGAAUUUUUGCCUCUUAAUGGUCAACCAGAAGUAGAUGCAAUAGCGAAUUCCAGUGGUUGGAAGCCAUAGCCAAAUGAUAAUGUGACCAAGCACUCAGCAUGGUCUGUAUUCUUGAAAUGUAAAUUAAGGAUCUUUGGAAAAUAGCGCUUUACUGACCAGGCUGAAUAAAGCUCUCAGACAAGCUACUCUGCAAAACUAAAAUAGGAAAAGGAAAAACUCAUAAUGAAAAUGUAUUACCAGUGCUGUCAAUGGCAGCUUGAUUUUACCUUAAAUUUUUAAUAAAAAGUAUAGUAACUUAGUAGAAUCAUUUUGACCAGUGUUUUCCUUAGAAAAG